AUGACAGAAUCACAGAGGUGUGUGGGAGAUGCUGCAUUAAGAGCUGCUACAGAUUCAUGUGACCGCAAAGUUGUCUUUGCUGCGUAUAUGUGUGUGUGUGUGAAGAAGGAAUCGGCCAGGCUUAGGAGACUGCUUAUUGCCAUUGGCGACUUGCCGACACGCUGUAGGCACUCGCUCUUUCCAUCCACCGAGUUCACGCUCAGAGUCCGAGAGGGCCUCUUAGUCCCAAAAGAGUUGUUUCUGACCUUUUCGGCUGAUGGUUGGUCUUACGCUGGGACCGUCCAGUCCUCAGCGCAGAGGACGAUGAAGAGAGGUUGCCACGUGGAAAAGUGGGUUUUCCGGUGUUAUCCGGGCCUGGCCAGGCUCUUGUCCAAUCUCUUGUCGUCGCCCUCCACGUCCGAGUCCUGA